CCUCUGCCCAAAUUCUGGAAAUAUCUGACCUUACUCCAAUUUUUUUGAGUUUAUUUGUAGCCGUCAGCGUAUUUCUAUUUUCAGCUAUUACAGAAUUAACAGUUAAUUAGUCAAACUAAAUUUGCUCAUUUUCUUGUUCAUUAGUAACACAACCAAAACAAAAAUGGUACUUCAAACAUGCACUACUACUUCCAUGUUAAUUGGAACACCCUAUGAAAAAACCCCACUUCAAACUCAACAACCAAUUUCUUCACUUCAAAACCUUAAUUCCCAUUUCAAUUUUAGGGUUUUUCUAGGGUUUAACUUACACAAUUUCCCCCAAAAGUCCAAAAUUGACCAUCCAUUACAUAGAAACAUCAAGAUUCUACAACCCCACAAGCAAAAACUUCAAGAAAAUGAUAAAGAUAAGAUUUUUACAGGGUUUAAGCUUCAGUGUAACUCAAAGGCUGAAUCUUUACAUUCAAGAACUGUUAUUAAUGGCAAAAAGAAAGGCUAUGGAGGUAUUUUACCUUCAAUUUUACGUUCUUUACGUACCGAAAAUGAUGUUGAAAAAGCCCUUGAUUUGUAUUAUGGUAAGCUUAGUCCUAAGGAGCAAACUGUGAUAUUGAAAGAGCAAAGUAAUUGGGAAAAAUCUCUUAGGGUAUUUGAGUGGAUGAAAUUGCAAAAAGAUUAUGUUCAUAAUGUUAUUCAUUAUAAUGUUAUAUUGAGGGCAUUAGGUAGAGCUAGGAAAUGGGAUGAGUUGAGGCUUUGUUGGAUUGAAAUGGCAAAGAAUGGUGUUUUUCCAACGAAUAAUACGUAUGGAAUGCUUGUUGAUGUGUAUGGGAAAGCAGGGUUGGUUAAGGAGGCUCUUUUAUGGAUUAAGCAUAUGAAGUUGAGGGGGAUUUUUCCGGAUGAGGUUACGAUGAAUACGGUUGUUAAAGUGUUGAAGGAUGCAGGGGAAUAUGAUAGAGCGGAUAGGUUUUACAAGGAUUGGUGUACUGGGAAGAUUGAAUUGGAUGAUUUUGAUUUGGAUUCUAUAGAUGAUUCUGAACCAUUUAGUUUGAAGCAGUUUUUGUUGACUGAGCUUUUCAGGACCGGAGGGAGGAAUCCGUCUAGAAUUUCAGAAAUUGAGAACAAUGAAAGGAAACCUCGAAUGACUGCCACUUACAAUACUCUGAUUGAUUUGUAUGGAAAGGCUGGUCGUUUGAAGGAUGCUGCUAAUGUGUUUAAUGAGAUGUUGAAAUCUGGUGUGGCUUUGGAUGCGGUAACAUUCAACACUAUGAUCUUUAUUUGUGGAAGUCAUGGCUAUUUGGAAGAGGCGGAAGCUUUGCUGAACAAGAUGGAGGAAAGAGGAAUAUCGCCUGAUACUAAAACUUACAACAUUUUCCUGUCUCUUUAUGCUAGUGAAGGUAAAACUGAUAAGGCUCUUCAGUGGUAUAGAAAGAUAAGGAGGACGGGACUUUUCCCUGAUGCUGUGACUUGUAGGGCUAUUAUUCGAAUACUGUGCAAGCAAAAUAUGAUCCAGGAGGUUGAAAAUGUGAUUAGUGAAAUAGAAAGUUUAGGUAUGUAUAUCGAUGAGCACUCUCUUCCUGUUAUUAUGAGAAUGUACAUCAAUGCAGGGUUGAUCGAUCGUGCAAAGGCGGUUUUUGAGAAGUGUCAACUGAACGGUGGGUUCUCGUCACCAGCUUAUGCUGCCAUCAUCGAUGCAUAUGCUGAUAAGGGUCUUUGGGCUGAAGCUGAGGAUGUGUUCUUUGGUAGAAGAGAUAAGUUUAUUCAGAAGAAAGCAAUUGUAGAAUAUAAUGUCAUGAUCAAAGCAUAUGGAAUUGCAAAGCUAUAUGAUAAAGCUUUCUCGCUCUUCAAGGGAAUGAAAACCCAAGGGACAUGGCCAGAUGAGUGCACUUAUAACUCUCUAGUCCAAAUGUUCUCCGGGGGUGAUUUAGUUGACCAAGCCAAAGAGCUCUUAGGCGAAAUGCAAGGAUUGAGAUUCAAACCUUCAUGUUCUACUUUCUCUGCACUAAUUGCUAGUUAUGUGCGCAUGAGUAGGCUUUCUGAUGCUGUUGAUGUCUUCGAUGAAAUGUUAAAAGCAGGCGUAAAACCAAAUGAGAUUGUUUAUGGUACUUUAAUUGAUGGGUUUGCUGAAGCUGGUAAAUUUGAAGAAGCUAUGCAUUAUUUCCAUGUCAUGAAUGACUGUGGGAUUCAAGCUAAUCAAAUAAUUUUGACUUCAAUGAUUAAGGCUUAUAGUAAGCUUGGAUCAGUAGAGGGAGCGAAAAAACUGUAUGAGCAGAUGAAAAACUUGCAUGAAGGUCCUGAUGUCAUUGCAUCCAAUAGUAUGCUCAAUCUGUAUGCAGACUUUGGAAUGAUCUCUGAAGCAGAAAUGAUAUUUAAUCAUUUGAGGGAGAAAGGACAGGCUGACGGUGUUACUUUUGCAACUUUGAUUUAUGCAUACAAGAAUAUGGGUAUGCUCGAUGGAGCUAUUGAAAUAGCAGAGGAGAUGAAACAGUCUGGACUUUUAAAAGAUUGUGUGACAUUCAAUAAGGUAAUGGCAUGUUAUGCCACAAAUGGACAGCUUGUUGAAUGUGGUGAACUGCUGCAUGAAAUGAUUAACCGGAAACUUCUGCCAGAUGGGGGCACAUUUAAGGUUUUAUUCACAAUAUUGAAAAAGGGAGGUUUUUCAGCAGAGGCUGUUAGACAGCUCGAGUUGUCUUACCGAGAAGGUAAACCUUAUGCCAGACAGGCGGUCAUAACCUCUGUUUACUCUGCAGUAGGCUUGCACACAUUUGCAAUUGAAUCCUGCAGCACUAUCACACAACCAGGAUUGGGACUCCAUCCCUUUGCUUACAAUGUUGCAAUAUAUGUGUAUGGAGCUUCAGGCCAAAUUGAUGAGGCACUAAAAAUAUUUAUGAGAAUGCAAGAUGAAGGACUGAAGCCAGAUAUUGUCACAUUUGUUAAUCUUGUAGGUUGCUAUGGGAAAGCUGGCAUGGUUGAAGGUAUAAAGCGGAUAUAUGGCCAGUUAAAAUAUGGACUCAUUGAGCCCAAUGAGUCAUUAUACAACGCAAUCAUAGAUGCCUACAGUGAUGCAGGCAGAUAUGACCUUGCUGAUUUAGUUAGUCAGGAAAUGAAACUCGAUAUAGAUAUGAAGCAGCUUACAGACUCUGAAUCUGAAGAUGUUGUGGAUGAAGUUUUUGAAGGUGGUGAAGGAGAGGAUUUGGAAGGUUGAUAAACCCAUCAAGACUAAGCGUGACCUUGUGCUCAGUAGCAUGUUUGACAUAUGCAAUUUCAGUUGAUUGGCUUGUAUCUUGUUCCCUUUAAUCUAGCACUUUUUUCUGGAAGUAAGAGUGACUCCUCUAUGAGCCUUAUUUGUUAAUAUAAUUUGAGUUGAGUUUUUGGGCUGAGUCAGAAGAAAUGGAAAAAUGAGCAUGACCGUGUUUGUUGUGAAGAUGGAAGAAGGAAAAGAAGAGCAGCUGUUGAAAAAUAUCCAGGGAAUAGAAUGCUGUGAUGACAGUGAUUUUAAUGAUGGAAAGUGGGUUCGCAUAAAUGGAAAACCUACAAAGAAGCUUAUGAAGAGAUUUUGCAGACUGGUUUUGCAUUACGGGCUCACUGUAUUGAACAUGGUGCUUGAAUUGGAAUUUAUGGAGCCAUUGUCCUCAGUGGAUGGUAUCGGUGGAGACUUGCAGUGCCCACAGUUUGAUGUGUGUCCGUCUCUAUGAUACCUUGGACCCCACGCUGUAGAUUUUAUUAUUAAACAUGCUGAGAUUGAGAUCGUUUUUGUUCAAGAAAGUGAAAGAAAUUCUAAAUUCAGAGUGCGCACAUGCUAAAUGGGUGAAAUGUAAGUCUGCCUCUCUGUUCGUUGCACCUCUCUCGUGUGUUUCACUUUGCUACAGCAGGAAGAGAAGGAUAAGGCAGUUGAUAUGAAUAUUAAGCCGUACUCUUGGAAUGAAUUUCCCAACAUGGGAUUGUUUAGUUUGAAGAAUAUUUAACUUUUGUUUUUCCAGAGCAAAGAGAAUCCAUCAGAGCCUUCACCACCACAGCCAUUAGACAUGUACAAUCAUGUAUACUAGUGGAAGGAGAAGAUUCGUAAGGUUGAUAAACACAUCAAGGCUAAGCGCAACCUUGUUCUCAGUAGCAUUCUCGACAUAUUUUAUGUAAUUUCAAUGGACUGGCUUCUGUUGAUCAACUCUAUAUGUAGGACAUGUCCUGGUAAGCUAUUGCAAUGCAGAGGACAGGGCUCUGGGGGUAAAAUUAGGUCUGUGCUAGAUCAGAUUCAUGUUGUCUGGGUCAUGUAUGGGUGCCCAAAAGAAUCUGUAGAACGGGGAAUGUUUAACAGUACACCAUGGCCUCAGUUUACUUCAUCAAACUGCUGAAGAAGUUUGUGGCGAUGUUGUGCUCUUAAGAGCUUGAGCGCAUGACAAGUGAGUAUGGUUCUAUGGAGUAUUUUCUAUACCCUUUUUAUCUUGAGUCGGGUGUUUUUUGGAAACAGCCUCUCUACCUCACAUGUAAAGUUAAGGUCUGCAUACACUCUAUCCUUCCUAGCAUAAAGGUUAUGCACAACACAUAAGGUCCGCGAGCGCUCUACCCUUCCAGCAUAAAGGUUAUGUACAACACAUUCAUGGCAUCUCAUUUACCCUCAACUGAAGACGGAUUCAGGAUUUUGGAUUUGUGUCUUUUUGAGUUAUUGGGUUCUAUAUUAUUAAUUUAUAUACAAUUGAAAAUAAUUUGAGACAGUUUGGAUCAAAGUCAUUGAGUUCUACU